AUGCAUUACUCAAAGCUCAUGAUCAUUGCCUUCGUUGGCUAUGCCUCAGGACGUGCGAUUUUACUCGAGAAUCCUUCUUCCUCCUCUAAGAGAGGCGGUGAUAUUGCAAACUCCAAGAGAGACGAGAAUGCCCUAGGAUUAUUGAAAGAAGACACGCUCCCAGACUUCAAGAGGGGUGUUAAUAUCGUACAUACCAAGAGAGAUGAUGAGGCCCUGGAAUCCAAGAGAGGCUAUGAUAUCGUAUACGCGAAGAGAGACGAUGAUAUCCUAGUCGUCAAAAGGGGUGUUAAUAUAGUAGAUACCAAGAGAUAUGAUGGAGACUCUAAGCGGGGCGAAGAUAUUACCAAGCGGGAUGAAGAUAUUACAGAAGCAAAGAGACAAGUAGACUACAAACGAAAUGACAACGGAGACUACAAACGAAACGACAACGGAGACUACAAACGAAAUGACAACGGAGACUACAAACGAAAUGAUAGCGGAGACUACAAACGAAAUGACAACGGAGACUACAAACGAAACGACAACGGAGACUACAAACGAAAUGACAACGGAGACUACAAACGAAAUGAUAGCGGAGACUACAAACGGGACGAAAUUAUCACAGUAUAA